AUGGGCGAUUCCCAAGACACAAAGGCAGCUGUUCUAUCUGCUCUAACAGAUUUCUUCAACAUCUCGUCCAAAAGUCCCAAAGAUGCCCGCGACCACCUUCUCGAGACCUCUUACGUCAUACAGGCCACCCCAGACACUAUCGAACAAACCACACUAGGAGAGCUAUUCCUCAGCGACACAAAGCAAAAGGGUCACCUCGAAUGGGCCAUAGACGAACCUCAGGAGCUCUUUAUUCACGAGAAGCUCGCUGCAGUCUGGACCGGGUGGUCCACCCGCGCUGAUGAUGGUACUAUUAUCAGCCACAAGAAGGGAAUCCUUGGAUUAGCUUACACUGAUGGACGUUGGAAGGUAUCAGGUCUCGCUUCGACAGAGCGCUCUUUGGAGACACCCGACCCAGAAGAUGAAUCAACACUGACUCAAGAGAUCAUGAAACCCAUCAACGCUCUUCUAGACGACUUCUCCCACCCAGACUGGGACGUCCUCAAACAAUGGUUUCUUCCCAACGCUGGUGUGACUCUGUACAGACCACCUGCUGAGCCAGCGCCUAUGACUAUGGAGCAGUCCAUCGUUCGUCUGCAGGGAAUGAUCAAGAGUGGUAUCACUAUUCAAGAGAAGUUACAUGACAUUCAGGUCCGAAAACACGGUGAUAUUGCGUUGGUUUGGGCGCCCUUUGUGGUUGAGAUUAAUGGGGUGCCUAAACAUGAUGGUGUGAAUGCGUUUACGCUUUUGAGAAGGGAAGGGAGAUGGGUGUUUAGUGGAUGUCAGGACUAUGGUGUUGCUCUUUAG